AUGCACCCAAUCUCUACUGCAGUGUGCAAUUGCUUGAAUGAUGGUGAGUGUACUGAAGACGGCACCUGCAACUGCCGGAAAGGUUUCCAUGGAGACCAGUGUCAACAUGCUUUCAAGACAAAGUGCCCGGGCACAAAUAAUGCAAUAUUCACCUGGAUGGCUCUUGCCAGCUUGCCGUGUUAUCCACAUCUCGACUAUGGCAGUUGCCAGAAGAAAACGAACUUCGUGCACGCCCGCGAGAUGUGCGUGAGAAGAGGAUACAACGUCGUAGACUAUAAUUCCUUCACUGGACUUGGCUUGAAGCUGGGUGUUAGUGACUGCAUAAAAUCAUUGGUGAGCGAGAUGAUGGCUAGACGUAACAGCAGUUACAGCACCCCUCUCAAGAUAUGGACAUCGUACAUGUACUUUGGUCAGCAUGUUAUUUACAAGCAAGGCAAGGACAAGUCGAGCGACGCACUAUUUGACAGGGGUGGAAGAGGCAAUCAUGAUGUCAUCUGUGAAGCCAAAUGGCUCCAGGCCAACGGUUCUGUACACGCCGCAGCAACUCCAGCACACAGACCCAGCGUGACUGAGCAGUUCGCAGAGGACGCAUGUCAGGAGUACGGACAUCAUCUCAUUACCAAGGAGUGGCUAGAAGAACAUGGCCAUGUGUUAACAGAGCGCUGGCUAGAGAAGUUGGCCUUAUUGCAUAAACACCAGCAAGCACCUUACCACGUCGCGUCAAUCCGAGUCAAUGGCCAUUCCCUUUACAGAACCGUAAUGUUUAGCGCGCGAAAGCAGACGUUUCAGAACGCCACAAGCAAAACUCAAGCCCAGAUUCUCUGUGUCAAGACAUGUGAGACCGGUGUUCUUGGACCAAACCUGAGUUGUGUGUGUAACCGCACCUCAACCUAUGGUCAAUAUUGUGAAAAGGCAUGCAAGUGCUUGAAUCAGGGUCAGUGUGACAACAAAGGUGAAUGCAGCUGCCCGAAAGGAUUCACCGGAGACAAGUGCCAACUCGUUGUGUGUACACAUCCCUGGGUGAAAAAGAACAAAGUAUGCGAAUGUACGGCCAAACUAGAUGGACCUAACUGCACAGAAGCAUGCAAAUGCUUGAAUGACGGCCAGUGCACCGAAGAUGGCACCUGCAUCUGCCGGAAACGUUUCCAUGGAGAUCAGUGUCAGAACAGUUUCAAGACAAAGUGCCUGGGUACAGAUAAGGCAAUGUACACCUGGAUGGCUCUCGCCGGCUUGCCGUGUCAUCCACACCUCGACGGUGACAGCUGCCAGAAGAAGACGAACUUGACGCAUGCCCGACAGAUGUGCAAGAGAAGAGGAUACGACGUGGUAGACUAUAAUGCCUUCACAACCCUGUCUCUGGGCGUGCGGGACUGCAUGGAAGCAUUACUCAACAAGAUGAUGGCAAGCAAUUUCAAAAACCCUAUCACAAUAUGGACAUCUUUCUUGAGGUAUGGCAAGCAUGUCAUUUACAAGGAGGGCAAGAACAACUUAAGAGAAGAGUUACAUGAUAGUAGUGGAGCAAGCCAUCUUGAUUUCGAGAUGAUGGCGAGCGGUGACAGCAACCCUAUCUCCCUAUCGUCAGGGCAAGGACAAGUUAAGAACAAGUUGAGAGAAGAGUUACAUGAUGAUGGUAGUGGAGCAAGCCAUCUUGAUGUCAAGAUGAUGGCGAGCGGUGACAGCAACCCUAUCUCCCUAUCGUCAGGGCAAGGACAAGUUAAGAACAAGUUGAGAGAAGAGUUACAUGAUGAUGGUAGUGGAGCAAGCCAUCUUGAUGUCAAGAUGAUGGCGAGCGGUGACAGAAACUCUAUCUCAAUAUCGGCAUCGCUCGAGGAGGAUGACCAAAUUAUCAUGUACCAGCAGCGCAAGAACGAGUUAAGAGAAGAGUUACUUGAUAGUAAUGGAGCAAGCCAUCAUGAUGUCAUCUGCGAAGCCAAGUGGCUUCACGCCAACUCCUCAGUAUACACCACAGCAACGCCAGCGCUGAGGCCCAACGUCACUGAGCAAUUCGCAGAGGAGGCAUGUGAGCAGUACGGACUUCACCUCAUAACCGGGGCCUGGCUGCAAGCACAUGGCCAUGUAUUAAGAGAGAGCUUCCUAGAGAGAUUGGCUAUUCGGCAAGCACCUUACCACGUCAAACCAAUCGUGGUGAACGGCAACUUCCUUUUCAGAACCGUAACGUUUAGCGAGGGAAAACAGAGGUUUGUGAACACCACAAGCAAUCACCGAGCCCAAAUCCUCUGUGUCAUGUGCAAGUGUUUGAACCAGGGUCAGUGUGAUGACAAAGGCAAAUGCAUCUGCCCGAAGGGAUUCACCGGAGACAAUUGCAAGAAGGGCUUUGGAGUUGUUCCGACUGUGCUUGCUCCGCCGUCGCUGGUGGCUGUGGUGGAGGAGGGUGGUCGUGGUGGCUCAUCGGGCCGGCUUGUGUCGCCGCCUUUGCUACUGCCGUCGGUGGUUCCUUCGUCGGUGCACCCGGCGGCUUUGGCUGGGGAGGUGCCGCUUGCCGUCCCGGUCCCACUGCCUCCUCCUGAUCCUCCGCCGUCGGCUCUUGCUGCGGUGGAGCUUGCCAGUGACAGACCGCGAGCAACACCGGCAGUGGCGUUACCACUACAAUUGCCAGCCCCAAAAAUCCCACCUUGCGUAUCAGCAGCUCCCACACCAUCACCAACAAUGCAAUCUACAGCAACCACAACUAAUCCACCCUCCAAGCCCACUAUUGAAAGACCAAGACGAUCAACAGCCAACUACAACAAAAGCUACGCACUCAAUGGACAAGGGCGUAAGGAGGGACGUGACAGCAGGGUGACGGCCGAGUCCCGUUCAAUGGACCAAGUCAGGCGGGAUAACAGAGAGAGCGCAGAGGAAGCGGAUGAUGGGACGGACGGUGAAGGGAACAGAGAGUCGGAGAGCAACUAUUGUAGUGAUGGUGAGAGUGCCGUUGUGUGCACACACCCCUGGGUGAAAAAGAACAAAGUAUGCGAAUGUAAACCCAGACUAAAUGGACCUAACUGCACAGAAGCAUGCAAUUGCCUGAAUAAUGGUCAUUGUACUGAAGACGGCACCUGCGUCUGUCCGACCGGAUUCCGGGGAGACCAAUGUCAGGACAAUUUCAGGACAAAGUGCCUGGGUACGGACAAGGUGAUGUACACCUGGACGGCUCUCGCCGGCUUGCCGUGUUUUUCAGGCAGCUGCCCGAAGAUAACCAGUUGGACGAAAGCCAGAGACGCAUGCAGUGAUAGGGGAUAUCAGCUGGUCGACUUUAAAACCUUCACCUUGCUCGGCUCAAAGCUUGGUGUGCGUGGCUGCGUAAAGUCAUUGCUCCACGAGAUGAUGGUGAACAGUAACAGCAGCCCGAUCACGAUAUGGACAUCAUCCGAGUACAAUCGUCGGCAUAUUAUUUACAAGCAGGACAAGAACAAAUCGGGUGGUGCAAUAUUUAGUGUUCAUGGGUUCGGCCUUCACAAUGUCAUCUGCGAAGCCCAAUGGCUCCAUGCCAACGAUUCUGUAUACGCCGCAGCAACUCCUGCACUCGGACCCAGCGUGACUGAGCAGUGCGCAGAGAACGCAUGUCAGCAGUACGGACUUCGCCUCAUAACCAAAGAUUGGUUACAAGAACAUGGCCAUGUGUUAAGAGAACGCUGGCUAGAGAGAUUGGCUUUAGAUAAGUCCGACGGAUUAGGUUACCACGUCGCGCCAAUCCUGGUCAAUGGUCAGUCCCUUUACAGAACAGUAAAAUUUAGCAGACAACAUGUGACGUUUAAGAACAAAACAAGCCAUGAGGAUGCCAAGAUUCUCUGUGUCAAGUCCUGUGGGAGCGGUGUUCUUGCACCAAGCAUGAGUUGUGUAUGUAACCGCACCCUGUCCUACGGUGAAGAAUGUGAAAAGGCAUGCAAGUGCUUGAACCAAGGUGAGUGUGAUAACAAAGGUGAAUGCUGCUGCCCUAGGGGAUUCACCGGCCACCAUUGCCAACUCGUUGUGUGCGAGGAACCCUGGGUGAAAAAGAGCAAAGUGUGUGAAUGUCAACCGGGACUAGAUAGACCCAACUGCACAGAAGCAUGUAAUUGCUUGAAUGACGGUCAGUGCACUGACGAUGGCAGUUGCAACUGCCGGAACGGUUUCCAUGGAGACAAGUGUCAGCAUACUUUCAAGACAAAGUGCCUGGGUACAGAUAACGCAACGUACACCUGGAUGGCUCUCGCCAGCUUGCCGUGUCAUCCACACCUCGACGGUGACAGCUGCCAGAAGAAAACGAACUUGACGCAUGCUCGCCAGAUGUGCACAAGAAGAGGAUACAACGUGGUAGACCAUGAUUCCUUCACCAAUCAGACGCUUGGCGUGCGCGACUGCAUGGAAGCAUUGCUCAACGAGAUGGUGACGAGCUCUUACAGCAACCCUACUUCAAUAUGGACAUCGUUCGUGAAGGAUGACCAACAUCUCAUAUACCAGCAGGGCAAGAACAGUUUGACUAAAGAAUUGUAUGAUAGUGAUGGAACAAGCCGUCAUGAUGUCAUCUGCGAAGCGAAGUGGCUCCAUUACAACGACUCGGUAUACGCCGCAGCCACGCCAUCACUGAAACCCAACGUGACUGAGCAGUUUGCAGAGGAGGCAUGUCAGGAGUACGGACUUCACCUCAUAACCUAUGACUGGCUGCAAGCACAUGGCCAUGUAUUAAGAGAGCGCUGGCUAGAUAGAUUGGCUCUUCGGCACGCACCUUACCACGUCAAACCAAUCCGAGUGAAUGGCAACUCCCAUUACAUAACUGUAACGUUUAGAAAUCGCAGUAAUCCAUUUCAAAAUUCCACAAUUAAUCGCCAGGCCAAAAUCCUCUGUGUCAAGCACUGUGCUAAUGGCGUUCUGGCCCAGGACCUGAGUUGCAAGUGCAACCGCACUGUCUUCUAUGGAGAAUACUGUGAAAAGGACGACUGCAAGUGCUUGAACCAGGGUCAGUGUGACAACGAGGGUAAAUGCAUCUGCCCGACAAGAUUCUACGGAGAACAUUGCCAACUCGAGUGCAGAACAUGUCUGAACCAGGGUCGCUGUAAUGAAGACGGCACCUGCACCUGCGCUGAAGGAUGGAUUGGUGACCGGUGCCAGACUCGGUGUGCGGACACGGACCCAUGCUGCGUGAACAAGCGCAUCGUGACACGCCGGGAUCAGGUCUGCCGUGCCGCCACCAGCGACUGUGACGUGGAGGAGUACUGCGACGGCGAGAAUGCCACAUGUCCACAGGACCUGACCGCACGCAACGGCUGGCCUUGCUCCAAUAGUCAAGCAUCCUGCUGGAGUGGAGUUUGCCAAUCACGAACUGGCCAGUGUCAGAGUGUCUGGAACGAUAUGGAUCAAGGGUCAGCUCCUGAGGAUUGCUUCGCGAUCAUGAACGUUUUUGGAGAACGUACGGGUAACUGUGGUUUCAAAUCGUCCAAUUCCACCCCAGGAUCCUAUGCAGCCUGUGCGGCUGGAGAUGCCCUAUGUGGUAGUUUGUUCUGCCUUCCAGUUGCUCGAAAGAACCAACCCAGUAGUGAUGUUCUGUCAAAAACCGUUCCCGUACGCGGUGAUGGCGGUAUAAUCAGGUGCAAUGGUUUGUACGCGUCCCCGCCAAGAAGCCACGAUGACCCAUCGCUCGUGAAGGACGGAACACGCUGUGAUGCCAGCGGCGCUAACAAGGACCUCGUGUGCCACAAGCAACGCUGCGUGGACCAGUCUCGAGUCACCAGUCAGUGUUCGGUCGAUGCUGACAGCGGCAAAGAGUGUGGUGGAGUCGGUGUCUGUACAAAUGUAACAACCUGCCUUUACCAACCCACACCUGAGAGCAACGAGUUCGCUAACACUACCCAGGCUGCUACACCCACGACCAGUUACUCAAUAACCAAACCAACGAGCGACCCAGCCACAACUACUCCAACCGAAGUCGUCUAAUAGAGUGACGGUGAUGAACAGUGCAGUGCAUGAAGUGUCAGUAAUUGUAACUAGUUACUCAUAAACCGGGGGGAAUACUACCGACAGGACUAACCUGGUGCCCUUCCACUUACCCACCGAUCUUCCAUAGCAUCCACAAUUCGGUCCAGGAAACUCGACAGGCACAUGCAGUCGGUGUUACUCCAACAGAACGUUUCCAGGACGUGAAGAGCCUGGCUAACCAAGUGUCUUUCCAGUCCUGAUAAUUUCCUCCCAUUGUAAAUUUCAAAUCUGCAAUUUCAGAUCAGUGAAAAUCUGAGGCAGACUGAUGUCCCAUAACCCGCUACGGCUGAGUAAUUAUGUCGUAUUCUAAUUAGUAAUUAUGCAUCUAUUAUUUGCAAGAUGAUGAGGGCAAUAAUAGAUUGAUUCCGACAUAGCAUACCUUAACUGGUUUAGCUUUGUUGUUGUGUAUUGUACUAGCACAUAGUAUAUUCAUAAGUCGUCUACAUUGCUUAUUUAUAAACAGAUGUUCUCAGUUGUUACUUAGUCUUUUAAUGUGUUCCCCAAGUUCUUUGACUGAGAAUCUGGCAGUUUGGGCUCAAGUCAUUUGGCUCCAGUUUUUUUUCUUUUUUCAUUUCUAACUCUUGUUUCUAAGUUGAGGAAAAGUUCUCAA